AUGAUGCAGCCGUUCUUCUUGCUCGGGCCGCGGUACUCUGGCCUCGGCCUCGCGCUACUUGCCCUGUCUCUCCUCCUGGUCCAACACGCGCAAGCGACGACGUGGGUGGUGGAUGCGAGCGGGAAGGGCAACUUCACCUCACUCGACGCCAUCUACAGCACCAAGGUCAAGCCGGGCGACAUCGUCUACAUGCGCGGGACGUUCACCACGGUGCAGACCCUGCAGAACAUCAAUGGCACGAAAGACAAACCGAUCACCAUCACCAGCUAUCCUGGCACGCGUGCCAUUGUUGACGGCACCACCGCCAACCCCGGCGGCUACCAGGGACUUGUGCGGCUCAACCUGUGCCACUUUGUCGUGUUGGACAACAUCAUCGUUCGCAAGUCUUCUCAGUCCGGUAUCUCGUUCUAUUACAACAGUGACUCGGUCGUCCAGAACUGUGAGGUCCACGACGUACAGAUCAGAGGAAUCGGAGGGUGUGGCGACAACGUGGUGAUUCGCAACAACACGGUCUACAAUGGCUGCAUGCAGAACUAUGCCGGCAAAUUUGGGUCCUGGUCGCAAGUUGUCUCGAGCGAUUCGUGCUCGUCGACCACCAAGUUCAACAAGAACUGGGUGAUCGAGUACAACAAGGUCUACAACAGCUGGGGCGAGGGCAUCGACUGCAUCCAGGUGACCGGCUGUGUGGUCAGGCACAACGUGGUCUACGACACCUACUCUGUCAACAUCUACGUGGACAAUGCGAACGGCGUGGUGAUCGACAGCAACUACAUCUACUCCAAGAACACCAGCUACUACCGCACCACGACCUACACCUGGCCGGCGACCGGCAUCCUUGUCGGAGCCGAGACUUGGCCGGCCAACCCGCAACCAACGUUCAAUGUGACCAUCAAGAACAACCUGCUCGUCGGCACCAACGGCAUCUCCAACUUUUACGGCGGCAGCAACUGGGUGAACAAUGUGCGCAUCUACUACAACACCAUCUGGAACCCGAACGCCACCGGAAUCGGACCCUUCACCUGGCCGCAGCAAAAGAACAUCACGCCGUCCGGCAAUGAAUUUAGGAACAACCUGAUCUGGACCAAGAGAAGCGCGUGGACCAUUUCCAACAAUGUCUGGGUCGGAGUUAAAACGAUUCCGACCAACUGUACCGACACGUCGUCCACGAUCACCUCCCUGGCCGUCAAUACGACGCUCAUCAACUUUGCCAGCGGUCGCGUUCCCGUCAUCAGCUCGCCCUUGACCGACUUUUACCUGGGAGCCUCAUCGCCGGCUCGCGGCGCUGGCGUUGCCUUGGCCAGCGUCACGACGGACUACAACGGCUACGCGCGGGCGAGCAAGCCCAGCGUGGGCUUCGUCGAGUACGGCACCCAGGCCAACUCCGAUGGCAGCGAUGGCUCGUCAGCCUCAGUCGCCACGGGCUUCUUCCUGGCGGCCGCGCGCUCGGUGUCCGCUUUCCUGCUGGCGUGA